CGAUGACUGCCAAGAAAACAAAAAUAUCGACGGUGGUUGCGUUGUGGAAACAUCGAUACUCGCAAACAGGCAUCGAUACAUGUUCCAGCUCGGUAACCUAGCGUUGUUGUUUGUAAUUUAGCUGUGAAAAGUAAUUAAGCCGCACACAGAACUCCACCAAACAGAGAGAUCCAGACCAGUCCAGUCCACAAACAACCCAAGUAGCGAGAAAAUGUCGGCCAAGCGAAAGGCAGGUGGCAAUGGAGCCGGACCCAACAAGCGGCGACCGAAGAAGAAGGAGUCGGACUACGAGGACGAGUUCAGCGACGAGUCCGACGACGACGCCGUGCAGCAGCAGGCAGCAGCCGCCAACCAGAUGGAGGUUCUCAUUCCCCACGACGACCUCGAUCCGCCUAGCAAGCUUCCCGAGGACUUGCUGGCCACGCUGGAGAAGACUCCAGGUCAGAUGCUGGUCGCCGGCAUGGUGACCUGGGACCUGACUGGCAAGCGGGACCGCAAGAACGUCGCGAAGGUGCGACCGAAUCUGUACAGCUUCCAUCGGUUCACAGAAGAGAAGUACCGAUAUGUGGCCAGCGGACCCAGUGCCGCACACACCAUUCUUAUCAACAUGGACCGCAAGGCGCUCGGCUUUGGGCGUAAUCCCAGCGGCCAGCUGGGCCUUAGCCAGGACAUCAAGUUGGCGGAGAAACCCACCAUUAUUCCGGCCCUCGAACAGCUGAACAUAGUGCAAGCUGCUGUCGGCCGGCACCACACUCUGUUUCUCACUGACACGGGAACCGUAUACGCCUGCGGCGAAAACAAGUCCGGCCAGUGCGGUGUGGGAAAUACCCAUGCUAACAUUUACUCGCCCACGCCAAUUAACUACCGAGGUCCGCCGAUCAUUCGCAUCGGGUGCGGAGCUGAGUUCUCUGUCAUUCUGGACAUUAAAGGUAGCCUGCACACAUUCGGGCUGCCUGAGUACGGCCAGUUGGGACACAAUACUGACGCCAAGUACUUUGUCAACGCCAACAAAUUGUCAUUCCAUUUCGAGACGUCGCCCAAAAAGGUCGUUUUGUACAUAGAGAAGAGCAAGGAGGGGCAUGUAACGCCAGUCGAUGGCGUGCAGAUAGUUGACUUUGCUUGCGGCAAUAACCACACGGUGGCCAUCGACUCCAAGAAGCGCGUUUACAGCUGGGGCUUUGGCGGUUUCGGGCGUCUCGGACACGCAGAGCCCAAGGACGAAAUGGUGCCGCGUUUAAUGAAGUUUUUCGAUACCCAGGGUCGGGGUGGGCGCAGCGUCUUUUGCGGCUCCACUUUCAGUCUGAUCGUCAACGAGCUGGGCCUGCUGUUUUUGUUCGGACAGAAUAAGAAGACGGGCGAGGCCAAUAUGUACCCCAAGCCAGUGCAGGAUCUGUCCGGCUGGAACAUCACCGACAUUGGCUGUGCCAAUACAUCGAUUAUGAUUUCGGCCGACGACACACUGAUCGCUUGGGGCGCAUCGCCCACGUUCGGCGAGCUGGGCAUUGGGGAGUUCCAGAAGUCGUCGACGGUGCCCAAGGAGGUGCCAAAGUUGGACAACAUUAAAAUACCUCAGGUGACUAUGGGUUACUCGCACACGGUGUUGCUUGUGGACACCACCCACGAGGCCACCAAGCAAAAGUACGAGAAGAUGCCCGAGUACACUAUCGAUGAUUAGGUGAUUAGAUGGUGUGCGGCUUUCCAAGUGCUGCUACAAACACGUUUACCGCUGCCAACAACAAUACUGCUCCAUGUAGGAAAUUCUGAGAACUGAUCAUCGAAACUCUGCUGCUACUUAUCGAAAGUGAAACUAAACACAAAAAUCCAGCAAAAUGUAUGCUAUAAGUUAAAAGAUUAUUAUUACGCUAAACUCGCUAUCUACAUACUAUACGAUAAUCUCAGAAAACGGAAAAAAGUUGAUUAUGUUUCCAAACUCUAAUUUAUUCUCGUAACUGAUACUAUUCCAUCCUGAUCCUGUUCCCCUUUUAUAAUUUAUUGCCGCCCACCUUUAGGCUUAAAAACGAUGCAUAAAACGUAUGAUUACCCAUUUGUAAUUUUUAAUUUGUAAUGUACACGUAACAAGUUACAGUAUUCUGCAUUCAUUUCGAACAGAGUGAGCAAAAGCAACCACAAAACUACAAAACACGUAAAUUAACGAACUAAGCGCAUAGGUUACAUAUAAAAAGUAUACCAUGGAAAAAUCCAAUACCAGUUGCAACUAUUAACUAGUACAUCAUGCAUUUUAAUCUUAUACAAAGGAAUAUUUAAAUAAAGAGAAUGUUAGUAUUUAGA